AUGCCGCUCGAAGAGAUCAAUCCCAAUGUACAAAGACGCGCCUCUCAGAAUGACAGCAAACCAGACAUUGUGGCUUCUACAACAUCCACAGCCUCAUUACGUUCGCUGUACGACCACCAAGAAUUCCUCGUUCCGGCUCCCGCUUGCAAUCAACCAGACCACGCUCUGGCUCCUUCGAUGCCUCCUUUGCCUCGCAGCUUCGACAUCAACGAUCUCCUCAUCGAAGGCAAUCUCAUCGCCGUCAUGGGCCGCGGCCAAUUCCAUCAUCUUCUGGUUUGUCUGGCCGUGAAACAAUACACUCAAACUCGGCAUCACAUCAUUCUGGGUUACGGUCGAAAAGAGCAGGUCAUCUUCAUCGUUCUCAAGGUCUUCAAGGGCUCGGUCAUGGGAAACAUGGACUAUACACACACCGAUCGCUCAUCACGCUCCGCAGCCAACGGGAUUUUCAAAGUAUGCAUUCCAAUUCGCCAAUGUUAA